ACUACUGCCCAACAAGUGUUCAAGAAUCCCUCAUCCGCAAUGCUCCCAACGCCCACAAAUCCCCCAACAACAACAAGCCUACCCCCCGAUUUCACACCGUACCAAAACCGUCGUCCGCUGCAUAUUCAUCUUGGACCCUCAUCCUUUCCUCUCCUCCAAAAAUGCCAGGAUCCAAUGUACAUCUCGUCUCUUAUAGACAACGAAAACGGAGUCGUAACAGUCAUGACUUCCCAUGAUAACCAACAUUUUCUAGACGACACCCGGUACACCCAAACAACCCACAUCCCCCUCUCAAUCCUCCUAACCCAAUUCAAAUGUCCAACAUUACCCAACCCAGUGUACUAUCGCGGCCCGGUACCACCCCAUCUCCACACGCACCUCCCCCCUCUCCCACCACACAACCCGACCCUCACACGACUCUGGGUCAGUACACCAGGAUGCAUCACACCCCUCCACUACGAUAAAUGCCAUGGCCUCCUCAUCCAACUCGUAGGUACAAAGAAAUUUGUGGCGUUUCCAAAAGAGGAUGCACAUAGGUUGUACCUUUUUGAUGGGAUUGCUGGGCCGGCGCAUGUUUCCCGUAUACGACACGUUACGAAAUUGUUUGAAAACAAGUUGAGUGGGGAGGAAUGUGAGGAGUUGGUCAAGAGGUUUCCGAAAUUGAGGGAUACGGAACCCUAUUGGGUAGAGUUGGGGCCGGGGGAUGUGGUGUAUACGCCUCCAGGGUUUUUGCAUGAAGUAACGACUGUUGAGGCGAGUGUGAGUGUUACGGUGCCGUGGGAUAUGACUGAGGAGGAGUUGGAGGAUCGUCCGGCAUUCAUGGCGUUUUAAUCUGCGGCGACGUGAAACUGGAUAGAAAUGAUAGAUGAUCAUGCAUGAAACUCUAUUUAUAAUGCUCAAGCUAAAAACAACAAAAGAAAAGAAAAAAUUACAACUUGAAUCUACCCAAC